AUGUUCACGACCGCCAGGACUCGCUCCAAUCCUUAUUUUGAUUCCCCUCUGAAGGCCACUUCUCCUAUGCGUCCAAAGCAUGCAGUCACUCCUGUUCGACGACCCCCGAAGCGUAGAAAGCUAGGCGCCGGGCUACGCAACCGUCUCUUUGCAGAUUCCGACUCUGACCAGCCUUCCGAGCGACUGUCACGGGUAGCCUCGCGUCAUGGCGCAACUACCCGCACGAGAUCGGGAUCGCAGUCCCGUCGAACGGAGCUGUCUUUGAAGAUCCCAGCUCGCGUUAUGAACGCGCACAGUGAUCUGAGCCCUCGUAAGAGGAAGCGAACGGAUAAGACCGCUCCUUCGUCAGACGGGGACAGCUGGAUCGAGACAGAAGAUGAGACGCCUCAAUUAAUCGCCGAAGGUAGGUAUCGUGUCGUUUUUGGGAUACCUGACAAUCCAGAUGAUCAAAACCUCCUCCAUGUCGCCUCCGCACACACGCUACACCGUCUAAGGAAAGAUGAACUUGUCCGGCUCUGGAAGGUUGCUGGCAUGUGGUCCGAUGAGGAUGACGAGGCGGAAGGGAGGGUUCGAGAGAAGAGCAAAGUCGAUCUAGUGACAGGACUCUUGGAACUGCGAUAUUCUGAGUCUGCUUCCACCUCUGCACCAGCGAAGCCGCCCUACCCGCCGACAACCCCGUCCAUGGGAGGACCGCGUAGCCAGUCAACCUCAACACUCACGUCGCUGGGGACGACUUCCUCAGAGGGAGAUCGUGGACGUCGCGACGAUGGCAUGGAUAUAGAUGACACCCCUCGACCGUUACGCAGUGCCGAGUGCAUCGAUCGCGGCGUGGCCACGGAGCCUUUGAAGAGUGGGAAGCCGAAGGGGCGCAAUGCGAAGCCACGCUUGAAACCCAUGCAGCGAGCGGAGGGCCGACAUGCUCGGUUUGGGGACAGUGUUCUGAGCCCGCUAGCAACGAGGCUGACUCGUCGCUCCUCGACUACAGAUUCAGCGGGAGAGGGUUCCAAUACCCCGCUUCGUCGCCCUCCUAUUCGCAACAUGAUGUCCCAACCAAAGGACGCCGCAGACGGAUCUCGAUCGACCCCGUUAAUUCGUCGGCUGCGCCCCCGUAAUCGGCGGCCUUCAAAGUCUGGUGCCUCUACAGAAGUCGAAGCCGACGACGAAGACAAUGGCGACCUGACGGAAUACGAGGCAGCGGCGACAUCUUGGCGACGAAACAACAAAGCAGCCACCCGACGCGCUCGUCAUCAACGGCUUGCUAAGCGCCGUGCACUGAAAGCCUUGGAAGAGAACAACAGUGACAGCAGUUGGUUUUCUGAGGAGGAGGGCAUCGCGUCCGACGGCGCCAAAGAGCCGCACACUGUCAAAUCACAUUCGAAGACGUCAACGAAAGCCUCAGGCAGUCAAUCUUCGCAUCGGUCCACCCGGCGUAAUUCGGUGAAAACUAGUGUCGCUAUGGAUGUCGAAUUGCCAACAGACGCGGCCACGACAAGCGGACGAACAACACGCUCCGGCAAGAGCUUUGGCGACAUGCGUCUCGUCCAGGACGACGACUUCAUGGAUGAAGACGCCGAAGAAGGAGGUCAAAACGGAACGUCUCCGGUCGAUCUGUCGUCUGCCACACUGUCCCACUUGACAAAGCUCCGCCGCGACGAACUGGUCAAAUUGUGCGAAUCCAGGAACCUCGAAGUUGGUGGGACAAAACCUCAGUUGGCAAGGGCAUUGCUCGAAUGGCAUGAGGAACAGGCGACACUGAGUCGCGUUUCUACGGCUAGUUCCCAGAGCACUAUCCGAGGUAACUCUCCUGCACCGAAGGUGGUGCCGAAGGUCGCCACCGACACUAUACGGGAUGGGCAGGCUACCCCAGUGCUCUUGCGCGAGCACAUUCAUGCUUCCGAUCCGGCAACCCCUCCCAGGUCAGACGAGGACACGGAGAAGAACCCUGAGAAUGAUCUCAACUUGGAUUUGCAGGAGCUCGGUCUGGAAGACUUCACUAUCAAGUCUGAACAUCUUCAGAAGCUCGAGAAGAUUGGUAGCGGCGGCUUCAAGGACGUUUACGUUGGCAAACUCAAGGGGCGCAAGGUCGCUAUCUCUGAGUUCCGCGAUCAGUUGAGCGAAAUGGACAUCCGGGAGCUCAAGCUCCUGGCUGAGUUCAGUCAUCCGAACAUCGUGAGGUUCCGAGGAAUCUGCAUUCCGGAAGACUCGUCACAAGUACCCUGCAUGCUUAUCAGCGAGCUGUGCGAAAACGGUGACUUGUUCGACUAUAUUCGCAACGUACCCCCUCCCCCUCUCAAGAGAGUUUUGCGACUUAUGCUCGACAUAGCGCGGGGACUUGAAUACCUUCAUCUGCGUAAACCGGCCAUAAUCCAUCGGGACUGCAAGUCCACCAACAUCCUCAUCAGCCGCAGCGGUGUGGCCAAGGUCGGCGACUUCGGUUUGGCGCGUGUCAAGCAUACAACUAGGUCGAUGAUUCGCAGUCUCGUUGGCACUGUGAACUGGCAAGCCCCGGAGUUGUGGCAUCCAAAUCCCCGGUAUGAUUACAAGGUUGACGUCUUCUCCGCUGCACUGGUUUAUUGGGAAAUGCUUUCUGGUUGGGCGGGUGACAAGGUAUGGUCAACAGUUGAUCGGAAAGACUGA